GCGCUGGCGCUGGCUGCCACACAGGAGCCGGGAGAACACAGCGCCGCGGGGACUGCAGAUGUAGCUGGUGUCUGAGGAGGUAACCUGAGCUUUCAUGAGGUUGUGCGUGACACAGGUAAAAGACUAUUCCCUUCUCUGCAUCAGCACCGAACUUUAAAUUUGGGAAAACAUUGUCUUCUUUAAAUCUCAUUUGAGGACACCGCCGAAGGUCUGGUUUUUUUUUUGCUUUUUUUUCCAAGGGAGAAUGGAUUUUCAGAGAUAUUAAUUUUUUUAAAAGUGUUGACCAGAGCAGAGAUGGCGACCCUCCCUGACCUUCAGACCAAUAUCUCCCCUGGUCUCACCUCAGUGAAGCAGCUAACUUGGGCACCAGCCUGGAGGUUUCCCGACCCUCUGAAGAUGUACGGCCUGUAUUUGGAAGCGGUGAACGAUUACAUUAACGAAUCCUACGGGGAGGAUGUGUGGCGACUGAUCGAGAACCGCGCGGAGAUUCCCCACCUCAAGUUUGUCAGGCAUCAGAUGUACAAUGACAACCUGAUCCUUCGGCUGGCGAAGGCCGCUGGCGAGGUUCUGGGAAAGACCCACGAUGAGCUGAUGUACGCCUUCGGGGUCUACAUGGUGAAGAGGAUCGGAAACUACGGAUACGAGCGGAUCCUGAAGGUGCUGGGGCGGAACGUGCGCGACUUCAUCAACGAGCUGGACAACCUGCACGAGUACUUCCGCUUCUCCUUCCCCAAGGUGCAGCCGCCGAGCUUCUGCGUGGAGGAGGAGUGUGAGACGAGCCUCACGCUGCACUACCGCAGCACCCGCAAGGGCUUCACCCAGUUCGUCAAAGGGCAGCUCUCUCAGGUGGGACGGCAGUUCUACAACACGGACAUCGAGGUGGAAAUCCUGUCUAAAGAGGAAACCGAGAAAAUGACGUAUGUGGUUUAUAAGAUGAACUUUGACAACGCGGCCUUCAAGCACCGCAUGCCCCAGCAGAAGACGGCGCCGAGCUAUGAGAAGCUGCCGAUGAAGCGCGGCAUCUUUUUCGACAUGUUCCCCUUCAGUGUCAUCUUCCGCCGCGACAUGACCAUGUACCGCAUUGGCGACGGCCUCAAGGAGGUCUUCUCCGACCUCCAGGGCAAGAAGGUCAACGAAGAGUUCACUCUGGUCCGACCCAUGCUGGAGUUCAGCUGGGACAACAUCUACACCCACUUGAACAAUGUGUUUGAGCUGCUGUCCAAAGCGGUGGUGGAGAGCAAGCAGAAGGUCAACAUCCCAAAGCUGAGCAAGGAGGAGCCAGAGGAGAAGGAAGAGAGCGAGAAAACAAAGAGGGAAGAAGAAAGAGAGCCAAAGGCAGUGGAGGAGAUGAAGGGCACAGACCAAGAAUACAGCAGCGCCCUCACCCAGUACAACAGCUCUGCCAACUCCGGAGGGGAAGACAUAGAGCUGCUGGCUUUCCAGACCGUCACCGGAAAGUGUAGCGAGACCAUCUUCGAAGACAUGCGGGAGCCUCCUAAGAAGCCUCUCCAUCUGAAGGGACAGAUGAAGUAUGUCCCCCAGUGGGACUCCCUCAUCUUCCUGGGGACACCCAUCAUAGAGACGGUGGAGGACAUGAUAAAGAUGGGUGUAUACGUGAACGAUCUGAACCUGCACGACUCCAGCAGGGAGCUGAUUUUGGCCGGGACACAGCAAUCGGCUGAGCUGCAGCUGGCCCUCGAUCAGGAGCAACAAAAAUAUGCCCAGCUGCAGGAAAUCAUCAAGAAGCUGGACGAAGAGAAGAAGAGAGGAGACUCGCUGCUGUACGCCAUGAUCCCUAAAGCUGUGGCCGACCGCCUCCGGAAGGGGAUCACUGCACUGGAGACGUGCCAGGUCUUCCCAGAUGUGACCAUCCUGUUCAGCGACGUGGUCAAGUUCAACGAGAUCUGCAUCCACAUCACGCCCAUGCAGGUGGUGGACAUGCUCAACGAGAUCUACAUCGUGUUCGACACGCUGAGCGAGAAGCACAACGUCUACAAGGUGGAGACCAUCCGCGACGCCUACAUGGUGGUGGCGGGCGUGCCGAACAAGACCACCUUCCACGCGCACCACAUCUGUGACAUGGCUCUGGACAUGCUGAGCUCCAUCGACCACCUCAAAGACCCGUCCACCGGGGACAACAUCCAGAUCAGAGUCGGUAUUCACUCAGGGAUGGUGGUGGCCGGCGUCGUGGGUCUGAAGAUGCCUCGCUACUGCCUGUUUGGCGACACCGUGAACACGGCCUCGCGGAUGGAGAGCAACGGCGUGGGCAUGCAGAUACACAUCAGUCAGACCACCAAAGACCACCUGGAACACGAGCCCUACAUCAUCGAGGAGAGGGGCAAAAUCUUUGUAAAGGGUAAGGGCUACAUGAAGACCUACUGGCUGAAGGGAAAGAAGGAUCUGUCGUUCAAGACCCCGGCAGAGCUGCGCUACAGCAGCGAGCAGAAGGACUCCGAGGACAAGAGCUCCAACGGCUCCACGAGCACCAAUGCCAAACGCAUGGCCUCCAACCUCAACAUCGCCAGCAGCGAGGAGCAGGCGGAGGGGAAGCCGAGCCCCAGCGACCUCCCCCUGGACACCCUGCCGCCGCCAGAGGCCGCCAACGAGCCCCCCUCCCUUUCCGCCGAGCCUCCGGAGAAGGAGAAGGCCAAAAAGACUAAGAACAACAAGGUGGACAAGUUGGACGUGCCCCAGGGGAACGCAAUGCCGGAGUCGCUGCCGCUCGCCGACGGGCUGGAGAACCCCGGCCCGUUUCUCAACAACAAGAGGAACAGCUUCCGGCAGCAGUACGCCAAGCUGCCCGCCAACCUGCCCUUGCGCAGCAACGCCUGCACCAUUCUGUGAGAGGGAGGUCAAAUUGCAAAACAUGUGACGAGGGCGUGACGUUUAAUUCCGGGGGGCCAGACAAAGCGGCCAUUUUGACGUCACGUCGAGAGGCUGUGACAGAUAAACGCUGUCGUGACGUUUCGGGCUGAUUCAAAGAUCUAUCUCGCAACUUUAACUACAGGUCAACGCUAACUUUUCAACAUGUCCCACUUAUGUCCACCUGUACAGAUGAGUUAUUGCAACAUUAAUGGCAGAAAGUGCAUGAUUAUUUAAAAAAGAGAGAGCCUCUAUACUGAAAAUGGAUUAAACCUGCGUGUUGUUCCUUUGUUUCAUUCAUAUCACCAGCUUGAGUACUGAGAAGUCACAGGUUUCACCACCCCCUUCCUUUUGUCGACAAAAAAAACAAAAAAAAAACGGGAAGUACAACGUCCUCUUCACAAAAAAACACAUGCAGAGUAACAGAACUUUGCACCACGGGUUACAACAGCCACGAUUCAGAUUUUCUUUAUGCUACUUCCUGUUUUUUUUGUGUUGGUUUUCAACUCUAUAAGAAAUGUCAUGGAGUCACUGCUAUAACUGCUGCAGGAGUAACGUUCAAAUGUACAACGGCCACAAAUUACGUGACGUUUUGGGAAAAUUAGAAGCGAGCCAAUGUCGCGACGAGGGCUCGCGCUGUGCCAAAGCGAGGCGGCGAGCCUCCACGUGGACAGAAGCACUAACUCAACGGACGCUUCAUUUGAAUUUCACUUGAGUAGACAUGAUAGGUUGUAUUUCAUUUGACUUGAAACAUAGACGUGCGGUAUUUAACAACAUUGUCUUGAUGAGUUCUGGUUCUUCUUUCUGUAUGUAAACGACUGCAUUUUUGUUCCCACUGUAUUAUAGUGUCUAUUUAUACAGAUCUGUAUGUACAGCCACGAUUAAAUGUCAUGUUUUCAAUUUUUUUUUUGUAAUCAGGUCACAAUAAAAGGGGAAAAAAAAUAAAA